AUUAUAGAGGUCUACAAAUGGCGUCGGGGGGGGGGGGGGGCGCGGCGCUGGUGACCCGGAUGUACAUGUCGCCUCACAGGGCGGAGGAGGACGCAAAACGGGAGACCCCGCCCGGGGCACGUAGCCGGUCCCGUGGUCGGGCUGGGACGCGGAGCGAUGGGGACCGCUCUGGACAUCAAGAUCAAACGGGCCAACAAGGUCUAUCUCUGCGGGGAAGUUCUUUCUGGAGUGGUGGUCAUAACGAGUAAGGAUGCAAUCCAGCACCAGGGUGUCUCCUUAACGAUGGAAGGAUCAGUAAAUCUGCAGCUCAGUGCCAAAAGUGUUGGUGUGUUUGAAGCUUUCUAUAACUCUGUUAAGCCUAUUCAAGUUAUCAACAGUACCAUAGAAAUGGUAAAACCAGGAAAACUUCCCAGUGGCAAAACAGAAAUUCCUUUUGAGUUUCCAUUGCAUAUGAAGGGCAACAAAGUUCUAUAUGAGACAUAUCAUGGUGUGUUUGUCAAUAUUCAGUAUACCCUUCGGUGUGAUAUGCGACGUUCUCUACUGGCCAAAGACCUGACUAAGACUUGUGAAUUCAUUGUCCACUCACCACCUCAGAAAGGGAAGUUGAUGCCAAGCCCAGUGGACUUCACAAUUACACCUGAAACCUUACAGAAUGUUAAGGAGAGAGCCUCGCUCCCAAAAUUUUUCAUCAAAGGUCAUCUCAACUCAACUAACUGCAUCAUUACACAACCGCUAACUGGGGAGUUGGUGGUGGAGAAUGCAGAAGCUGCAGUCAAAAGUAUUGAGCUACAGUUAGUACGUGUGGAAACUUGUGGUUGUGCUGAAGGUUAUGCUAGAGAUGCUACAGAGAUUCAGAAUAUUCAGAUUGCUGAUGGGGAUGUCUGCAGAAGCUUGUCUAUUCCAAUAUACAUGGUAUUCCCCAGGCUGUUUACCUGCCCUACAUUGGAAACUACAAAUUUCAAAGUUGCAGGAACAGUUGACCGACACCCUCCAGCACAGAACUACGCCAACCUAGAUCAUCCUAUUGAAGUGCUUGUUCAGAUGUGACACCUACUGGAGUGUGUGAGACAAACUAUGGAGAUUAUUCUGGAUCUGCUGGAGAGGAGAGCAUGUUAAAGCUCCCAGCUAAUCUUGCUACAUGGAUGACACCCUUUCAGCUAGUAAUAUCAAUGUAACGGAAGGAACACAAUUUAUUUUCCUUAGGGAAGAGAGAGCACAUGAGUCCUCCCCUUCCAUUUACUAAGCCAUUUAGCUGAAAAGAUGCGGGGAGGGGAGAUUGCCCUCCAAAAACUAAGCUAUGAUUAGCAGGAAGUCACGUAUAUAACCUUCCUUGUGCUUCACUGUGCAUCUGUUUCUUUAUUGUUCAGGUAUGAAAGACUCUAGCUUGGUUCUUUGAACGCAGUGGUCCAGUUAUUUUGUACUGUUUACAGCGUAAACAAUAGAUUUUUGCCCUCAUGUUGAGAGUGGGGAGAUGGUAAUUAGUGGGCCCCAGAAUCUUAAAUUACCAGGGUUUUUUAAGGCAUUGUUUUUCUGCUCUGCAGAAUUAGGGAUUGGUGGAAGCCCAAAGACUCUCAUCUGAACUCUAUUUACAUUUUUCAUAGACUCUUUUCACCACUACAGAGGGGUUUGGGGCUUUUUGACAGACUAAUCUUUACCAUGAAUUGAAGUUGAUGACUCUGCUCAUCUAUACUCAAAUGUUAGCAGAGCUGGUCAAAUUCCAAGGCACAACUUAAAAUGUGUCCUGCUUUGACAGUUUCUUUACUUCUAGCAGCAUUAAAACUGGAAAGUAAGAAGCAUCCAAAAAAGGCUGUGACUUCUUGACUUUUUCCUCAGCCCUCAAUCUUCUAUUAAUUCAAAGCCCUUCAGCAGUAUCCCAUAGGUCAAAUCUGAAAGUCCCCAAAACUGUCUGAUCUUACUGAAACAACUGUGAUCUAGCGCUUAAGCCACAACCAUUAAUAUUGAAUAGCUUUAAACAAAUCUCUUUAUUUCACACCAUUAGGAGAAUAUCAUUAAAUCACAAUCUAACUUGUUUUAUUAUCCUUUUCUAAACUUUGUUGAACAUAACCAGUUUUCUAGACUAUGGCCCUUCAUAUUAGUUCAUGACCAUAAGUCUGCAUCCAUGAAGUUUUGUUCUGCUCAUUUCAGGAGAGGUAGCUAUUGCUUGCAGUGAACUAAUUUUUUUGUUUAACCUAUCUGAAUUCUGAAGCAGUUUGGACUUUUAAAGUGAGCUACUGAUGGUAAUCAUUCAAACUUCCCCUUUAAAGCUGGAAAUUAUAUGUGAAGUAGCGUUUGCCCUUUCAAGUUGUGGACUGGUCUACAUCUGCAUAGCUAUUGUGAAAAAACCACACCCCAGAGUGAUGUAUUUAAGCUGACUUAACUGCAGGUGUAGACAGCAUUAGGUCGAUGGAAGAGUUCUCCCAUCAGCCUACCUACUGCCUCUCUGGGAGGUGGAUUUCCUACGCCGACAGCAGAACACUUCCUGUCAGCAUAGGGAGCAUCUUCAGUGAAGUGCUAUAGUAGUGCAGCUGCACCGCUGCAGUGUUUCAAGUGUGGGCAAGCCCUCAGGUAGGGGGAUUACCUACGCUGCCAGGAAAACCCCUGCCUGUCAGCAUAGGCAGUGUCUACACUGAAGAGCUACUGGGGCGCAGGUGUGCUGCUGUAGCAUUUUGAGGAUAGAUGAGCCCUGUGUAGCUAGGUCUGUCACACUUUUCUAAAAGCAAGGAAAUCUCUAACUGAACUAGUUAGAAAGCUCAUACUUAAAACUAAAGUGGAUGAGAUCUGUAAUCAGCAAUCCACCCUUAAAAAUACUUUGGACUGUAGCAAGGGAGAGGGGCUGUAGUAAAUGUUUAGUGCAAAUACCCAGCUAGCUCUUCGAUGCUUGUUUUGCAGUUUCCAAAUAGAAGACCAUCUUAUCUAGCUGACUUCAA